UAUCCACCUGCUAAUGAAACAGAGCUGAAACCGCAGAGUGCGGAGGCCGGGAGGAAAGAUUUGGAAACUGGGAGGCGGAGGGGGCGGAGACAGGAACCCGCUCUACUAUCAUCAGGGAGACUUCCUGAAUUCGCGGAGUCACUCUACAGAACCUGUCUGCGCAAGAGCUUGUCCAAGGCAUCACCUGCGAAGCAUGUCCGAUAAGAAGGUGAUCGUCGUUUUCGGCGCAACAGGCGCGCAGGGGGGCUCGGUGGCGCGGGCUCUGCUCCAGCACCCGGGGUUCGAGGUUCGGGCCGCGACCCGGGAUCCCAAGAAGCCGGCUGCGGUGGAGCUGGGCCGCCUGGGAGCCCAGCUGGUGAAGGCCGACGUCGGCUGCCCGGCGGAGGUAGAGGCGGCCCUGCGCGGCUCUUACGGCGCCUUCUUGGUCACCAACUUCUGGGAGCACUUUGACAAGAGCACGGAAGUGAAGCAGGGUAAGAUGGUGGCGGACCUGGCGAAGAAGCUGGGCCUGCAGCAUGUGGUGUACAGCGGGCUGGAGAACGUGCACAGGCUGACCGGGGGGAAGCUGACGGUGCUGCACUUCGACGGCAAAGGAGAGGUGGAGGAGUACUUCCGGUCCCUUGGCGUCCCGACCACCAGCGUGCGCCUUCCCUUCUACUUCGAGAACUUCACCUCCUUCUUCAAGCCCGCGAAGGCGACCGACUCUGGUGCCUAUGUGAUAGGGGUCCCCAUGGGUGAUGUGCCCAUGGAUGGGAUGUCCGUAGCAGACCUGGGCCCUGUGGUGGUCAGUGUCCUGAUGAACAGGGAGGAGUUUGUGGGGAAGGACAUUGGUCUGAGCGCGGAGCGACUGACCGUCCAGCAGUACUGUGAGGUCAUGACCCGCUGUCUGGGAAAGACCUUUGUUGACGCCAAGGUAUGUUUUUUUUUGGCCAACAUGUUCCGGUUCUACCUGAUGAAGCCGGAUCGCGACCUGGCCCUGACCCGCCGGCUGUACCCCCAGGUCCUGAGCUUCGAGCAGUGGCUCCUCAAGAACAAGGCUGCCUUCCAGGCCCUGUGAGCCCGGUCGCCGCGGAAACGCUGCCCCCCUGCCUGCCUCCGCUUUUACAGAAGGCAGGGGGAUUAAUUCUCCAGACUUCCUGUAGGUGGCGCCGUUGGGUGAAAAGUGUAGUGAGCCCAUAUCUCUAAAGACACUAAGAGCUGCAACUGUGAGGCCAGGCCUGGCUAAUUACAUUCGGAUGACAAUCGUUACUGAGCCAGAUCGAACAAGGACCAGUCUGAGUGAAGGAGCAGGGAGCUUACAAAUCUGGUUUGAACUGUCUGAAAUAGAACUGUCUGUCCGAGUUGAGUCUGAAAUAAAUGCUUUCUUUAUAUAAAAACUGCAUUAAACAUGAAAAUGAA